AGUUUGAAGACAGGCGGGAAGAUGAUGACAGCACCUGUUGGCAGGCCAGGGAUUUCCCGAGUGGGAGGACGCUGGAACUGUGGCUUGCCCUGAUACUCCAAGAAGGGUUUGCCAUGAAUCUUCUGCGUCGGAGUGGGAAACGGCGGCGUUCAGAGUCAGGCUCAGAUUCGUCGUCGGGAAGCGGCGGUGACAGCAGUGCCAGCCCCCAGCUCCUCUCCCGGACCGUGCUGAGCCCGCCGCCGGGCCUGGGUGGCAGCCUGAAAGACCGCGACCGUCAGUCAGCCGCAACUGCAGGAGAAUGCAAGCCUACCGCUCCCGACUGCCAAAUAGACAAGCUACUAUUGGCAAAUUGGGGACUCCCUAAAGCAGUUCUGGAAAAAUACCACAGUUUUGGUGUAAAAAAGAUGUUUGAAUGGCAGGCAGAGUGCCUUUUGCUUGGACAAGUCCUGGAAGGAAAGAAUUUAGUCUAUUCAGCUCCUACAAGUGCUGGGAAGACUCUUGUGGCAGAAUUACUUAUUUUGAAGCGGGUUUUGGAAAUGCAGAAGAAAGCUUUGUUUAUUCUUCCCUUUGUUUCUGUGGCUAAAGAGAAGAAAUAUUAUCUCCAGAGUCUGUUUCAGGAAGUGGGAAUAAAAGUAGACGGUUAUAUGGGCAGCAUCUCUCCAGCAAGGCAUUUCUCUUCCUUGGAUGUUGCAGUCUGCACAAUUGAAAGAGCCAAUGGUCUGAUCAAUCGCCUCAUAGAGGAAAAUAAGAUGGAUCUGUUAGGAAUGGUUGUUGUGGAUGAAUUACAUAUGCUGGGAGACUCUCACCGAGGGUAUCUGCUGGAACUUUUGCUGACCAAGAUUUGCUAUAUUACUCGGAAAACAGCAUCUUCUCAGGCAGAUUUAGCCAGUUGUCUGCCUAAUGCUGUGCAAAUUGUUGGCAUGAGUGCUACCCUUCCUAAUUUGGAGCUUGUGGCUUCCUGGUUGAAUGCUGAACUCUACCAAACUGACUUUCGUCCUGUACCGCUUUUGGAGUCAGUAAAAGUUGGAAAUUCCAUAUAUGACUCUUCAAUGAAACUUGUGAGGGAAUUUGAACCCAUGCUACCAGUGAAGGGAGAUGAGGACCAUGUUGUUAGUUUAUGUUAUGAGACAAUUCGUGAUAACCAUUCAGUAUUACUUUUUUGUCCAUCAAAGAAAUGGUGUGAGAAGCUGGCAGAUAUUAUUGCUCGUGAGUUUUAUAAUCUGCAUCAUCAAGCUGAGGGAUUGGUGAAAUCCUCAGAAUUCCCACCAGUAAUUCCAGAACAAAAAGACCUAUUGGAAGUGAUGGAUCAGUUAAGACGUUCGCCUUCAGGACUGGACUCUGUAUUACAGAAAACUGUACCAUGGGGAGUAGCAUUUCAUCAUGCAGGUCUUACUUUUGAGGAGAGGGAUAUCAUUGAAGGAGCCUUUCGUCAAGGUCUCAUUCGGGUCUUGGCAGCAACUUCUACUCUUUCUUCUGGGGUGAAUUUACCUGCACGUCGUGUGAUUAUUCGAACUCCUAUUUUUGGUGGUCGACCUCUAGAUAUUCUUACUUAUAAGCAGAUGGUUGGUCGUGCUGGCAGGAAAGGAGUAGAUACCAUAGGUGAGAGUAUCUUAAUUUGUAAGAACUCUGAGAAAUCAAAAGGCAUAGCUCUCCUUCAGGGAUCUCUAAAGCCUGUUUGCAGCUGUCUGCAAAGACGAGAAGGAGAAGAAGUGACGGCCAGCAUGAUACGAGCUAUUCUGGAGAUAAUAGUUGGUGGAGUGGCAAGUACAUCACAAGAUAUGCAUACUUAUGCUGACUGUACAUUUUUGGCUGCAAGUAUGAAGGAAGGGAAGCAAGAAAUUCAGAGAAAUCAAGAGUCUGUUCAGGUUGGAGCAAUUGAGGCCUGUGUCAUGUGGCUGCUAGAAAAUGAAUUCAUCCAGAUUACAGAAGCCAGUGAUGGAACAGAAGGAAAGGUGUAUCAUCCAACACAUCUUGGUUCGGCUACUCUUUCUUCUUCACUUUCUCCAGCUGAUACUUUAGAUAUUUUUGCUGACCUGCAAAGAGCAAUGAAGGGCUUUGUUUUAGAGAAUGAUCUUCAUAUUGUCUAUCUGGUUACACCUGUGUUUGAGGAUUGGACUACUAUUGAUUGGUAUCGAUUUUUCUGUUUAUGGGAGAAGUUGCCAACUUCUAUGAAAAGGGUAGCAGAGCUAGUGGGAGUUGAAGAGGGGUUCUUGGCUCGCUGUGUGAAAGGAAAAGUAGUAGCCAGAACUGAGAGACAGCACCGACAAAUGGCCAUCCAUAAAAGGUUUUUCAGUUUUUUAUAUUUUCUGAAUUUAUUGAGUGAGAUUCUGAAAAACAAAACAAAAUAUAAAUACAUCUAAAGAAAUGGAGAAUUGGUCUGUAAAACAAAAUUUUAAUUCAACAAAUAUUCUAUGAAUGUUUUAGGGAUGAUUACAGUAUUUUCCAACCGUCUGGGCUGGCACAACAUGGAACUACUACUUUCCCAAUUUCAGAAGCGUCUUACAUUUGGCAUCCAGAGGGAGCUGUGUGACCUGAUUCGGGUAUCCUUACUGAAUGCUCAGAGAGCCAGGGUUCUCUAUGCUUCUGGCUUUCUUACUGUGGCAGACCUUGCUAGAGCAAAUAUUGCAGAGGUGGAGGUGAUUCUGAAAAAUGCUGUGCCUUUCAAAAGUGCCCGGAAGGCAGUGGAUGAGGAAGAGGAAGCAGUUGAAGAACGUCGGAAUAUGCGAACUAUCUGGGUGACUGGCAGAAAAGGUUUAACUGAACGGGAAGCAGCAGCCCUUAUAGUGGAAGAAGCCAGAAUGAUUCUGCAGCAGGACCUAGUUGAAAUGGGAGUGCAAUGGAAUCCAUAUGCAUAUUCUAGUACAUGUUCAUUGACUCAUAGUGAGUCAGAAGUAAAGGAACACACAUUUAUAUCCCAAACUAAGAGUUCUUAUAAAAAAUUAACAUCAAAGAACAAAAAUAACACAAUAUUUAUUGAUUCUUAUAUUAAGCAUUCACCAAAUAUAGUGCAAGACUUAAAUAAAAGUAGAGAGCAUACAAGUUUCUUUAAUUGUAAUUUCCAGAAUAGGAAUCAAGAACAUCAGAGACAUUCCAUUUUCAGAGCAAGAAAACAGACUUCUUUGGAUAUAAAUAAAGAGAAGCCAGGAGCCUCUCAGAAUGAGGGGGAAACAAGCAUUAAGAAAGUUGUCCAGACUUUUUCAGAGAAAACAAAAAAGGCACCUUUGAAUUUCAGUUCAGAAAAGAUGAGUAGAAAAUUUCUAUCUUGGAAACACAGAAAGCGUCUAAAGCAAUCCAGGCACAGCAGCCCCCUGAAAGUCUCUGGAGCAUGUAGAAUCAAUUUACAAGGACAGACUCUGUCUAAUUCUAUGCUUUGUGAAGACUCGUUUAGCUUAGAUGAGAAGAAUACAGAAUGUAGAAGUUCAGGGCCAUUUGCUAAAAACAUAUAUUUGAGUGGUGUGGGAAAAGAUGACAAAACAUCAUUCGCGUUACAAAUAAAGCAAAGCUGUUCACUAACUAAUGAUAAUUUUGUGGAACAUUUCGUCUCAGGAUCUCAGAGUAAAAAUGGGACCUGUCAGGCCACUAGUGUGGUUAGUGAAAAAGGCAGAGGCGAAGGUGUUGAGGUGGAAAAAAUAAAUGAAGUGCUGAUACAAAAUGAUUCAAAAAACCAGAAUGUUUAUGUGAAACACCAUGACACCCAUCCUAUUAACCGGUACCCUCCAAAGCAAUCUAAUGAACAGACAAGCACUUUUACCAAACAGAAAAAUAUAAUAGAGAAACAAAUGCCCUUUGAGGCAGUCAGGAGUUAUAUAAAUGGAGACUUAAAUGUUACGACUGUCAAUUGUGAAAGGAUAAAGCUUAAUACAGAGGAAAAUAAUCCAAGUCAUUUUCAGGCAUUAGGAGAUGAUAUAAGCAGAACCGAGAUACCCAGUGGAGUAUUUCUAUCAGCUGGAGCACUUAGCAAAUCAGGAGGCCAGCAUGAGAAUUUUCUAAAUAUUUCUAGACUACAAGAAAAAACAGGUGAUUAUACAACAAACAAAACUAAAAAUAAUGCUGCGGACUCAGGUUUAGUCCUCUGUGAUUUUGAAGAUAGUUUCUACCUGGAUUCUCAGUCAGAGAAAAUAAUACAACAGAUGGCAACUGAAAGUGCCAAACUAGGAGCAGAGGACACCAGCCUGGCAGCAGGGAUAAUGCAGAAGAGCUUAGUCAAACAGAACUCGAUGAACUCUUUUCAGAAUGAGUGUCACAUUACUUUUCCUGCUGAACAGCAUCCUUUAGGAGUGAAAAAGAUAGAUCAUUUGGACCUUAAGACUGUGGGUCCUAUGAAACAAAGCACUGAUUCACAUGGGGUUGAGAUCCUGACUCCAGAAAGCCCAAUUUUUCAUUCUCCGAUACUAUUGGAGGAAAAUGGUCUUUGUUUUAAAAAGAAUGAACUUUCUGUUACUGAUUCCCAAUUAAAUAGUUUUCUUCAAGUUUAUCAAACACAAGAAACUGUGAAACCAGUUACACCUCUGGUUCCCCAAAAGAGAACUCCCACUGGUAUAGAAGGAGAAUGUCUUCCAGUUCCUGAAACAAGUUUGAAUAUGAGUGAUAGUUUACUAUUUGACAGUUUCAGUGAUGACUAUCUAGUAAAAGAACAACUACCUGAUGUGCAAACAAAAAAAACCCUUCCUUCAGAAGUAACAUCAAACCAUUUUAGUGAUUCUCUGUGUCUACAACAAGAAGACCUAAUUAAAAAAUCAAAUGUAAAUGACAAUCAAGACAUCCACCAGCAGUUGACUUUUUCCAAUGAUGAAUCUAUUAUAUUUUCAGAAAUGGAUUCUGUUCAUAUGGUUGAAGCUUUGGACAGUGCAGAUAUAUUUCCUGUACAAGAGAAACAUCGUACUGUAGUAUCUCCUAGAGCAUUAGAACUGAGUGAUCCAGUACUUGAUGAGCACCACCAAGGUGAUCAAGAUGGAGGAGAUCAAGAUGAAAGGGCUGAAAAAUCAAAAUUAACUGGGACCAGGCAAAGUAAUUCAUUCAUGUGGUCAGGGGCAUCAUUUGAUCUAAGUCCAGGACUGCAAAUGAUUUUAGAUAAAGUGUCCAGUCCUCUAGAAAAUGAAAAGCUAAAAAUGACUAUAAACUUGUCUAGUUUGAAUGGAAAAAAUACGGAGUUAAAUGAAGAACAAGAAGUUAUUUCAAACUUGGAGACAAAUCAAGUGCAGGAAAUUUCAUUUUCUUCUAAUAAUGAAGUAAAAAAUAAGAUUGAGGUGCCAGAAAAUAAUGCCAAUCAUGGUGAAACCUCAUCCCUCUUACCUCAUAAAGAACGCUGUAUAGUUGAUGAUAAUGGUCUCAUUCCUCCUACACCUAUUCCAACAUCUGCUUCUAAGCUGACAUUUCCGGGGAUUCUUGAAACACCUGUAAACCUUCGGAAAAUUAAUAAUGUUUUACAACCUGGUGAAAGUUAUUUACUUGGCUCACCUUCAGAUAUUAAAAACCACGAUUUAAGUCCAGAGAGAAAUGGGUUCAAAGACAACAGCCCUACUAGUGAUAUAAGCUUUUCACUUCAGUUAUCACAGGAUGGAUUACAGUUAACUCCAGCCUCAAGCAGUUCAGAAAGUUUGGCCAUAAUUGAUGUAGCAAGUGACCGAAAUCUUUUUCAAACAUUCAUUAAAGAGUGGCGAUGCAAAAAGCAAUUUUCCAUCUCACUGGCUUGUGAAAAGAUUAGAAGUUUAACAUCUUCUAAAACUGCUACUAUUGGUGGUAGGUUUAAGCAAGCUAGCUCACCUCAGGAAACUCCUAUUAGAGAUUAUGGAUUUCCUGUUAAAGGCUGUGAUGACAUCUUGGUGGUUGGACUAGCAGUAUGCUGGGGUGGAAGGGAUGCCUAUUAUUUUUCAUUGCAGAAGGAACAAAAGCAUUCUGAAAUUAGUGCCAGUUUGGUUCCACCUUCUCUUGAUCCAAGCCUGACUUUGAAAGACAGGAUUUGGCACCUUCAAUCUUGCUUGCAGAAGGAAUCUGAUGAGGAAUGUACCGUUGUCAUCUAUGACUUCAUCCAGAGCUAUAAAAUUCUUCUUCUUUCUUGUGGCAUCUCCUUGGAGCAAAGUUAUGAAGAUCCAAAGGUGGCAUGCUGGUUACUAGAUCCAGAUUCUCAGGAGCCGACUCUUCAUAGCAUAGUUACCAAUUUUCUUCCUCAUGAGCUUCCACUCCUAGAAGGGAUGGAUGCCAGCCAAGGGAUUCAAAGCCUGGGGCUGAAUGCUGGCAGUGAGCAUUCUGGGCGAUACAGAGCAUCUGUGGAGUCCAUUCUCGUCUUUAACUCUAUGAAUCAACUCAAUUCUUUGUUGCAGAAGGAAAACCUUCAAGAUGUUUUCUGCAAAGUGGAAAUGCCCUCUCAGUACUGCUUGGCCUUGCUAGAACUAAAUGGAAUCGGCUUCAGUACUGCAGAAUGUGAAAGUCAGAAACACAUACUGCAAGCCAAGCUGGAUGCAAUUGAGACCCAGGCCUAUCAACUAGCUGGCCACAGUUUUUCUUUCACCAGUUCGGAUGACAUCGCUGAGGUUUUAUUUUUGGAAUUGAAGUUGCCCCCAAAUGGAGAGAUGAAAAACCAAGGCAGCAAGAAAACUUUGGGUUCUACGAGAAGAGGGAAUGACAGUGGACGCAAGCUAAGGCUGGGAAGACAGCUCAGCACUAGUAAGGAUGUUUUAAAUAAAUUAAAGGCAUUACAUCCUUUACCAGGCUUGAUAUUAGAAUGGAGAAGAAUCACUAAUGCUAUUACCAAAGUGGUCUUUCCUCUUCAGCGGGAAAAGCGUCUUAAUCCUUUUCUUGGAAUGGAAAGAAUCUAUCCUGUGUCACAGUCACACACUGCUACAGGACGAAUAACCUUUACAGAACCAAAUAUUCAGAAUGUGCCAAGAGAUUUUGAAAUCAAAAUGCCAACACUAGUAGGAGAAAGCCCACCUUCUCAAGCUGUAGGCAAAGGCCUACUUCCCAUGGGCAGAGGAAAAAAUAAAAAGUGUUGGAGCCUGAACCCUGGAUGCCAGGCACAGACGGAGGAGAGAGCUGCAGACAGAGGAAUGCCGUUUUCAGUUAGCAUGCGACAUGCCUUUGUGCCUUUCCCAGGUGGUUUAAUACUGGCUGCUGACUACUCUCAGCUUGAACUGAGGAUCUUGGCUCAUUUAUCCCACGAUCGUCGUCUCAUUCAAGUGUUAAACACUGGAGCUGAUGUUUUCAGGAGCAUUGCAGCAGAAUGGAAGAUGAUUGAGCCAGAGUCCGUUGGGGAUGAUCUGAGGCAGCAGGCAAAGCAGAUUUGCUAUGGAAUCAUUUAUGGAAUGGGAGCUAAGUCUUUGGGAGAGCAGAUGGGCAUUAAAGAAAAUGAUGCUGCUUGCUAUAUUGACUCCUUCAAAUCCAGAUACACAGGGAUUAAUCAAUUCAUGAGUGAGACAGUGAAGAAUUGUAAAAGAGAUGGGUUUGUUCAGACCAUUUUCGGAAGACGUAGAUAUUUGCCAGGAAUCAAAGACAACAACCCUUAUCAUAAAGCUCACGCUGAGCGUCAAGCUAUCAACACAACAGUCCAAGGAUCAGCAGCUGAUAUUGUCAAAAUAGCCACAGUUAACAUUCAGAAGCAAUUAGAGACCUUCCACUCAACUUUCAAAUCCCAUGGUCAUCGAGAGGGUAUGCUCCAAAGUGACCAAACAGGUUUGUUCAUAGAUGAGGCCUGUGCUGUAACAUGGUGAGAAUAAUUGUAUCAGAAAUGUAAAUGAGAAGUAUUUUUUAUUUUAUUUCUCAACAGUUCUCAAAUGUUUUGGUCUCACGUUAUACUAUUAGAGAUUAUUAAAAAUUUCAAAGAGGUUUUGUUUUUGUGGGUUAUGUCUACUAUAUUUACCAUAUUAUAAAUUAAAACAGGCAAUUUUAAAACAUAUUA